CGAAGUCGAGAGAGGCGGGAACUGGUAUAUAUACCUCCAGUGGUCGUCGGCAUAGCACACAUCGUCUCAGCCGUGCCUGCCCACGACAACCUCAGGUGCUUUAUUGCCAAAGAGAGCCACACCAUGAAGUAUACGAUUGUGUUCCUCGUCUUCACAACUGUCAUUGCCGGUGCGCUGGCUGGCUACGCGUACGGUGGCUAUGGGGGAUACGGACUUGGCGGCUACGGCGGCUACGGUGGCUACGGCGGCUAUGGAGGAUACGGCGGCUACGGAGGAUACGGCGGCUAUGGUGGUUAUGGUGGCUACGGAGGGUACGGCCGCGGAUAUGGUGGAUACGGAGGCUACGGCGGAUAUGGUGGUUACGGAGGCUAUGGAGGCUACGGAAAAUAUGGAGGCUUCUAUGGAUGAGCACUUCAGGAGUACGCUUGAAUAAAGGCGUUUCACGUGUCCAA